CGGAGGGGAGCGCCGCGCUGACGUCAGAGGCGCGUGCGGACAGGGGCGCCGCCGCCGUCGUCGUCGUCGCUGCCGCCGCCAGCGUUGUGUUGUGCGCCGUACGUGUGCCGCGGCGAGCGGACGCUGCGUGUGAGUGUGUGCCGACGAGUGUCGUGCGGAGUGCGAGUGUGUGAACGCGGCGUCGCAGCCGCUGCCAUCGCAAGCCACUUCGCCUGACGGGCCGCGGGAGCGGAGCGGCCCGGGGGCCCCGAGUGCGUGCGUGUGAGAGAGGCAGCCGCAACAGCGUCGGCGCCGGCGAUCGUGGACGCGGUGGCACGCCGCGCCCGCGCCCGAGCCCCGCGACCCGCUCAGCAGCCAGCACCUGCCGCACGCCCCGAGCGCCACGACGACCGCUCAGGUGUUCGCGGCCGCCGCGAUGGAGCUGCCCAUGGGCGACCGAGUGUACGCCGCGGAGCGGAUCAUGAAGAAACGCGUGAGGCGGGGCCGAGUGGAGUAUUUCGUGAAAUGGAAAGGAUGGAGUCAAAAGCACAGCACGUGGGAGCCGGAGGAGAACAUUCUGGAUCGGAGACUCAUCGACAGUUUCGAGCAGACCCAACGUGGAGAUCUGCCCCACAAGCGGCCGGGGCGCAAGAGGGAACCACGCUACACCGCGAGAGAGCCUGAGCCACGGCCUGAGCCUGUACCACCACCUCCAGACCCUCCUGCAAGCAGUGAACCGGAGGACACAACUCCCGAAGAGGCAGGUGGGACAGGAGGAGACAGCAGUCAGGACGAGGCCCCUGGAAGUGGGGCACCAACGCUUCCCACGCUAGAACCUGAAGAGGAACCUGUGCAGGACAGUCAAGAAUCAGGAGAUGGCUCCAGGUCUACACCACCACCUCCUAAUUUGGCUCUCCCAGCAGAUGUCGGAGAUACAGAAACAAGUAGCAGCAGUGAAGAUAGGCCUGUAUUAACGAGGCGGGAACCCAUUGGUACAAAACGCAAGGCAGAAGUUCUUUCUAAAGAAUCAGGCAAAAUUGGAGUAACUAUUACAACAAGUGGAACCAAUGCCAACAGUGGACCUCCUUCAAAAGUGCCCCGACUCAUAUCUGUUAAGAGUCCAGGAUCUCCACCUUACUCACCUCAACCAAUUCCUGGCCGUAGGCCCUCAAGCAGUCAGCGACUUUCUCUAGACUCUAUUCCAGCUUCUCCUUCAGGUGACAACUUAAGGGUGGGAGCUGCGUCACCACCUCAUGUGACCCGAGCACCCAAGUCCCCCGUUGCAUCUCCUCCUCCUGUUCUCUCACCAACCAGCCCUCGUGCAACAGUUGGUGAGAAACGCCCAGCUCACACCCCAGUGAGUGUACUUGCACAACAGGAGCAGACAACAAGUGUAGCAGCAACAGCUCCUGUUGCAGCACGAGUUAGUGAGAAGCGAACAUCCCAGAAUGAAAACCAGGUUAAUGCAGCGACAGUGUCUGUGGAGCAACAGCCUCGAUCCCCCAUGAAAUCACCCCAUCUUGAUAAUGUGGACACUGCAGCUGAUGUGAAAUGUCCAACCAAUGCCCCUCCAUGUAUCAUGCCUAUGACAACAUUGCCCAAUGGCCUGAAAGUUCAUUCCGGCAGUGCCAUUGUCAACAACAACAACAACGUGAUUGAUUCUGCAAUGCUGGAUGAAGAGGAGGAGGAAGAUGACGAGGGAGGUCCUCCACCCUGUCUUGGUGCUGCAAUCCUGACAAAUCCUGGGGCUGAAUAUUGGCAUACUCGCAAUCCAAUGGCUGAUCAGGUCUUCAUUACAGAUGUCACAGUUAACUUGAAGACUGUUACUAUACGGGAGUGUAAAACUGAGAAAGGAUUUUUUCGAAACAGAGACCAGUCAGAAUCCAGUGACAUAAAGUGAAUUACGGCAACUAGGAAAGCAGAAGACUAAAACAGUGUUUUCAGCAAUAAAUUCACAUGGAACCAUCUCCAUAAUUCUUCCACCUCUAAAGGUAAUUCUUCUGCAGAAAUAUUAAUAAUUAAGCAUAUUUACAUGACACUAAACCAAGAACACUGAUAGAUCUCUGCUAUUUUGAUUCAGACUGCAACUGGUUGGUGCUGUUUUCAAAGACUGUUAUUCUGAUUACUGAUGUAUCUAUGAAUGUUCAACGCUGGAAUAAAAAUUGUAAACCAAUUUUGUAGGCUGAAUAAGUUUUCUAAAGACAUUUUUGAUAAGUGUGUACAAGAUACAUGAAUUGAAUUCACAUUUUGAAGGAUACAGAUGCCUGAUGGAGAGAGUUAUUGGCAGUCAAGCAGAUCUAACUAACAAACGGGUCUGGUUGUAGUACAAGUAGUUGAAUUUCCUGUCCCUGUCCUAUUUGUGGUUGGACAAAGGCAAUGCAUUUUUUUUCCACGUUCCAGAGUAGAUACAGAUGAGGCUGGAUGUGUGAACACUUUCUCAUGUUUCAUUUCUUUUCAUUUAGUCUCUGUCACAGGGUAUAGUUUCAAAGCCAGUUCGAUUUGGAUAAGAAGAAUAUUGAGGUUCAUAUAUCUGCCAGUACAACUCUUACUUCCACAAAAGAAAAGAAUUGACGUAAAUUCACUAUUUUUCUUAGAGAGAGAUUUGUGUGCUAUUUCCAAGAACAUUUGCAUCAAAAUGAGUGUGAAAUGAAAGUUUGCUUAUUUCCAAAUAUCUGGUAUACUUGAACAAAAUACCCCAUUUUGCUAAUUAGAUUUCUUGCAGUAGAUAUACCUGCUUGUUCAUUAGUGAAUAAACAAUUCACUCCUGCAUUGCAGUGAGAGUGGAAGACUGCCUACAUUAAUUAAUGUAACACUUUGUUAAUUACAGUUACUGUUUAGACCAGUUACUUAAGUUCACAAAUAUAUCUCGGUAACUGCAGAGCACGUUCCGCUUUGGUUUUGGGUAUUCACUAUGGUAGUUACAGCUUCUAGUUUGGUUCUCAGGAAACAAAUGCACGAAGACCUGUUGCACUGUAAAACGUCAGUUAAAAGAUGAAUGAGUAUUUGGUAUGAUUCAUCUUAAUUUAGAAAGUAUCAUUUACUGCGCAUUUUACUUGUAUAUUUGAAAAUCAUUUUAUUUAUUAUAUUUAGUGCUCAAGGAGCUACAUCUCAUUCUUUUUUUUUUUAGUUGUAGAAAAUGCUAUUUAUUUUCUCAUUGGAAAGAAAAAAAAGGACAGAUUAUUCACUCAAACAGCAGCUGGUUAAACAAGUUCUUGUUUUUGUAUAUAUGUAAAGAGACGACAUCUGCAGUUGCUGGUAUGUAAAGUAAUGGCAAUGAUUUUGAGUACAUAAAUGUGUGUAUAUAUUUGCUUAAUGAACUUGUUACAGAAAUGCUGUAAAAUAAAAAAACUAGAGAUUCAAUUAGAUGUGUUUUUUUACCCCCACCUCCAGUUCCCAUCAAAGUGCAAUUGAACUUUUAAUGUUAAAUUCUCAAACUAUUAUCAUAGUGCAGGCUGUUCAAACUCAACUGCCCACAGUCACAAUGCCUGGCUGCUGUUGUUUCCUGCCUGUGCUCGACAAAAUCUAAGCUGUUGGGUUGCAUGUCGCUUUAUCAACUAUUGCUGAUAGUCACAGCAGAGAAAGGUUAGAUUGAGGAGAAACAUGCAUACCUGGGCUCAGAAAGAAAAAUUCCUUCAAAUUUAAGAGGAACACCUGCAACUCUCUUCAAUUUGAAAAAAAUAUUUUAUUAAUGUGAGAUAUGACAUCUCUCUUAACAAGAGAAGCUUUACUG